UUUUCUUUGUGUUGAAGCUUGGAUUGUUCACAAAUACAUCUCGCGGCACCGCGAAUGCGCAACUACGCGCGCAGGCAGAGACGGACUCCAUUCUGGAAAAGUCCAGAACAGCAGUUCACUCCAGGGCCGUCGACCCACCUCCUUCAUUACCCGAAAAUUUACACUGAGCGCCUCGAACAGGGCUCAUUUCAGAGCAACCGCGGAGCCAACCGAAGAGUGGGAGCCUGACAGACCCCUCUCUCUCCAGAUGGUCCACGAUAUGACUGAGGAGCACGGGUUGGAUUUGAGCGGCGGAUUGGAGGAUGUUCCUGUUUUAUGUAAAGCUCUGACAUCUCCGACGUUUAAGUAUUCCACAGAUAACGUUGCAGGACCAGGAUGCUCCGUCGAUCCAAGUGAAGUAACUCUUCCUGGAUGCUCGUGUCUUUCCUGUUCCUGCCGCGCUGACAGCUGCUCCUGCCUCCAGACAUUCGGUCGGGCCUGUGAGAGCAUCGGCAGGCUGCUGAACAUCGACAGACCUGAAUCUGGUUACUCUACCCCUGUUUUUGAGUGCAAUGCCCUUUGCACCUGCAGCGACACCUGCUCCAACCGCGUGGUGCAGAGAGGGCUUCAACACAGGCUGGAGGUCUUCCACACCAAGAGCAAGGGCUGGGGAGUCAGAACAAUGGAGGAAAUCUCACGUGGGAUGUUUGUGUGCGAGUAUGCAGGGGAGGUGAUCAGUUUUGCGGAGGCUAAACGCAGACAGUUCGACCAGAGAACUGAGGAGAAUAAUUACAUCAUCGCCAUCAGGGAACACGCAGGAACGAGCUCCAUCACUGAGACGUUUGUGGACCCCGCUCAGGUGGGAAACGUGGGCCGCUUUCUAAACCACUCCUGCACACCCAACCUGUAUAUGCUGCCGGUGCGUGUUCACUCUGUGAUUCCUAGGCUUGCGCUGUUCGCUGGACGGGACAUUCAUGCACAAGAGGAACUGACGUUCGACUACUCGGGAAGAUACGGUACCCAAUCGGCUGCAGAGGCACCUUCAACAGUUGGAUUUCAGCGGAAACAGUGCCACUGUGGUGCCAUGAACUGCAAACGCUUCCUUCCGCUUGAUUUAUCUAUUCUCAGCUGAAAUGAACUCGUUUUUAGGUUUACUGUAAAAGAUGCAGGCCACAGAUGUGUUGGUCCAUCAUGAGUUUCCCUGAACCCUUGGUCAGUUCAGCAGCUCAUUAAGAAGAGACAGUGGAAUAAUCGGCAGUUUCAUGCAUUCAAUCAGUUGGAUGAGUCAUGACUGUGCUCGUCACUGUUUCCUGUUUGGGUCACUACCCAUCUCCUGAUUCUCUCCCUGCCUUAAUGCUUCCUCCCACUUGAUGUAAAAAGAUGCAAUAGUUGAUGAGAAUAAAAAGGCUUUAUUUAUCUAA